AUGAAAGAUUUAAAUAUUUUUAAAAUAUUAAUAAUAAUUUUAAUGGUAUCAAUUUAUUUUAUAAAUAUUAUAAGAUGUGAAAUAGAUUAUAAGGUACCAUGUGGUGAUGGAUAUUGUGGUUUUGAUCAAAUGUGUUAUAAUUAUAAUCCGGUUGAAGAUGUUUCGGUAUGUUUAUUAAGUGAUAGUUUUUAUCUUUUGGAAUUGGUACAAAGUUUUGAAAAGACAUGGUCAGAUCAUAGGGGUGAUGAAUUUUCCUUAUUUAGAGUUAAAAUCCUUAACCAUUCAAAUAAACCAAUUUCCCAUAUAUACAUUGGCACCGAUUUCACAUUUGACUUGAAACAACAAAAUAGUAGUGUUUGGAAUAUUCGUUUAGAUACUUGGAAUAAUUUCUUAACAUUACCAAAUUAUGUGAAUGAAAUUAGACCCUUUUCUUAUCAUUUAUUCGGCUAUAUAGUAAGGGGCAAUACUUCUCCCAAUAUGGUAAUUCGUUCGAUUACCUAUAUUGACUAUUAA